ACAUUGUGUGGUGUAGUAGUAGUAGCAGUAGUGGUUUCGGUGUCUUCUUGGUGCUUUUGGUUGCAGUUUGGCUGAGUUGGGGUUUCUUGUCUUUGUUCCUUUUCUCGCGAGAGCCGUCUUCGUCUGUUAGGUCUGUCUUGUGUUGCAGCUGUUUGUGAUUGGUUGCGCUGGGAUUAGGUAAUUGCUUGAGUUGUUUCUGGACGAAUCUAUAAGGGAGCCGAUCAACCAGCGCGUCGGCCGAUUUCGUCAUUUAUUGUGUCAUCAUUACGUAACGCGCAUUAUUUCCCGACAGAUAUAUAAAGACCAGCGAUCUGUCGCCUGAGCAGACUCGUCUUUAGCACACGUCUAGGGACUUGACUUUUUUUUUUGCUUGCAACCUUUUCUUCCACUCUUUUAGACGAAAGUCAGAGCUUCUGGUUCUCAAUUCUUUUGAUCUUCUUUUUUUCUUUUUUUUUUUUAGACGAAACAUUUUUAACGACUACACGAAAUGGCUUCUGUAAAUGACUACUUUGAGAACGCCAAGACGACGUACUUUACUUUGAGAUCGGGUGACAAGAUCCCCGCUGUUGGAUUGGGUACUUGGCAAUCACCCACCAACGAGACUAAAGAGGCAGUCAAGUACGCUUUGCAGCACGGUUACCGUCACAUCGAUGCUGCCGCCAUUUAUGGUAACGAAGACGAGGUUGGUGACGGUAUCAAGGAGAGUGGAAUCCCUCGUGACCAAAUCUGGGUCACAUCUAAGCUCUGGUGCAAUGCUCAUGCUCCCGAGGCUGUCCCCAAGGCUUUGGAGAAGACCUUGCGUGAGCUGAAACUUGAUUACCUUGACCUUUACCUCAUCCACUGGCCUAUUUCUUUGAAGACCGGCGAUGACUUGGUUCCCAAGGACAAGGACGGCAACACCAUCACUGUCGAAAUUCCCCUCGAGGACACCUGGAAGGCUAUGGAGGGUCUUGUGAAGUCCGGCAAGGUGAAGAACAUUGGUAUUUCCAAUUUCAACAACGAAGAGUUGGAUCGUAUUUUGAAGGUUGCCGAGAUUCCUCCUGCCGUCCACCAAAUGGAAACUCAUCCUUACUUGAAGCAGACGGAGUUCAUUGAGAAGCACAAGAAGCUUGGCAUUCACGUCACCGCUUACUCGCCUUUGGCCAACCAAAAUGCUCUUUACGGCAAUGCCGUUCCCAAGUUGAUUGAGCACAAGACUCUUGUCGACAUUGCCAAGACCAAGGGUGAGGGCGUCACUGGUGCCAACAUUGCUAUUUCUUGGGCAGUCAAGCGCGGUACUUCGGUUAUUCCUAAGUCUGUUCAUGCCAACAGAAUUAAGAGCAACUUCCUCGUUGUUCCCUUGACUGAUGACGAGAUGAAGGCCAUCGAUAACAUUGGUGUCAGCAAGCGUUUCAAUUGGAGCAAAGUUUUCUGCAAUGAGAAUUGUUUCUACGGUCUUGAGGAUGGUCCUCAGUAAACGCCUUCUGAGGAGUCACCUGGACUUGUAAAUACAUUUAGAUAAGUCUGGGAUUUUCUUUUAAUGAAAUCAAUCUAUGAGUAUUAA